AAGAAAAACUGUUUUUACUUGCUGAGGUGAAGCUUGCAUUUUACAGACAGAUCCCCUUGUCAUUAAAAAUGGACUUCAGCCUCACUUGAAUGCACCUGACUGCAACACCAUGACGAAGAAGAACAAGAACAAAAAGGAAGUAGAAGAAUGAGAGGCUCCAUGAAGUAUAUAUUCUUCCUUUCAGGGACUUUAUGUUUUAUUAUUUGUACCUUUUUAUAUUCUCAACAACACAGUGACAGCAUCGAGUCUCUAGAUGACAAUCAGGUGGACUGGAGUCUUGUGUCAGCGAGUGAUCAAGAACAAGAAGUAGAAGAACAAAUAGAAGCAGCAUGUUCUCUGAGGAAAGCUGUGAAGAACGAUGUUCUUCUCCGAGAGAAGUUCAGGUUCUCCAUGUCAGUUCUCCAGUGGGCGCGGAGUUUAAAACCUGCCUGGGAACAUCUGAGGAAGCGAAACCCUCCGUACGGCUGGAGGGGACUUCCUGUUGACGUUGUGGGCUCCACGCUCUCCCUCCUCAACAGCUCUCGUCUUUUCGAGCGAGGCUCACCUGACAGGUGUGUUAGCUGCGCCGUGGUAGGAAAUGGAGGAAUUCUGCGAGGGUCCCGACAGGGCAGGAACAUCGACAGCCAUGACUUUGUCUUCAGGAUGAACGGAGCGGUGAUCAGAGGUUUUGAAAAAGACGUGGGGACAAAGAUUUCUUUCUACGGAUUCACCACCAACACCAUGAAGAACUCGCUGGGCCGGUACCGCACCGACGGAUUCACCAGAACCCCCCAGAGUCCGGAGAUAAACUAUAUCUUCAUCCCUUCAGACCUCCGAGACUAUGUGAUGAUGGCGGCUGCUGUUCAGGGUCGGGUCGUGGGCUCAGGGAGGGACAGGGGGGACAGGCCCUGGAAGUAUUUUGGUCACAAACCAGCAGAAAACUUCAAGAUUCUCCACCCAGGUUUUAUUUCCUACGUGACUCGCAGUUUCCUGCGGUCUCCUCUGCUGAAAGACAUCAGGACUCGUCACCUCUACAUGCCGAGCACCGGAGCUCUGAUGCUGCUGACAGCACUGCACACCUGUGACCAGGUUUCUGCGUACGGCUUCAUCACCAGGAGCUACGCGUCGUUCUCCGAUCAUUACUACGACUCCACCUGGCAGCCUCUUGAAUUCUUCUCCAACCACGACCUGCAGAUGGAGAGCCGGCUCUGGGAGGAGCUGCACCAUCGGGGGGUCCUCAGGUUGUACCAGAGGGAGGGGGGCAACUGACAGGGCAAACAUUUAUACUAAUAGAUAUCAGAAUGAAACUUCCCUGGUUGAUUUCUCACAUAAGGGCAAUUAUCUUGUGCACGUUUUCUGAAAUGUUAGCUUUAAAUAUUCAAACGAUGCCUUAUCUAAUGCUAGUCUAAAUCUAGUCUUAAACUUGGAAAGUGCCAAUAAAAUGUCCAGUUUUAAUGUACAUUUUUUUGUAAUCAUAAACCUUUUAAAAAGGCACCUUACGUCUGAUUAUUUUACGUUGAAAUUUGACUGAAUAUAAGCAUUAAGUAGCUUCAUUAAUGCAGUUUAUUUUGUUAAUUUUUAAAGCAAUUGCGGGGGAAUAUAAGCUCGAAAAUGUACAUCGGAUCCAAAUUUGGGACGUGUCCAUUUCUACAAAACUGUCCUUAUGAUAUAUUUAUCCUGCGUUUUACAAUAUAAAAACACUUUCCUAAUAUCUGCAACAUGCAUUACCAACACGCUUGUACAAUAAUUAACUUUGUUUAAAUUGUUUUAUUUAAUCGCUCAUAAAUUGUAUAUAACACUGAUUUCAGAUUCAAUUUUUUUUUUAAUAAAAAUAUAUUUACAAGUUAUUGUUUCACUUUUCAAUUUUAAUAAGUUGAGCAUUCUGGUGAUUAUUUACUCAUAUACACAAACUAAUAUGGAGAACUUAGCUAAUGCUAACUUAUAUUUUUGAUAUGAACUAUGUGAGAAUUGUCCCUUUUUCGCUUCAUUUUAUUAACUCAUGAACUCUGUAAAAGUUCAAUAGUAAAAUAAUGAAAACAAAUAUAUAAUUGUUCUGAAGAGGAACAUUAGCAAAUGUUAUAAAUGAAUUCCCCAACAACUGCUGAAUAUAAAAAGGCACCCUCUCUGGAAAAGGAGAGAUACAAUUGGGUGGGAGGGUCAUAUUUCAUUAAGCUACACAACAAGAGCCAGAAAUAAACAGAUAAUAACUAACUCAUAUUUCAAAAUAAA